AUGAGUAACUUAGAAAGUGAAAGGGAACUACGUAGAAGGCAGUACUUAGCUGACAGAGAGCGUCGGCAACUUGAGUUAGCUGAACGUGUUUUAAAAGAUAAGGAAUUACUGUACGAAACUAUAAAUGAUAGAAUUACUAAAAAAGAGAAGAGGAGACUUGAGAUAGAACGUAAUCUGGUGAAAACUGCCAGGAAAAUUGUAGAAGAUCGUGAUAUAGAUGGGAGCUUUAUCGAUGCCUAUGUAAUGCCUGAAAGUUAUGAUGAGGAUCUACAGAAGAAAUUAGAUGCUGCAAUUAUACAUCCACGUGAUAUAUCUAAUAGGAAAUCUCACAAUAUAUUGACAGAUCAGGAAAUUUGGGAAAGGGCACAAACAAGUGCAGCAAUUCAAACUAACAGAAGUAGUAGUAAUAAAGUUGAUAGUUUAGAUCCAAAUAAAGUACUCAAAGAAUCUACUUUAAUUUUACCUGACGGUUCUCAAAUAGACUUUGAAUUAUUAGAAACUACACUAGAAGAAGGUAACAUAUAUAGUACAACAGAAUUGAAGUGUAGAAAUUUUAUAAAUGAACGGCAAUAUAUAGAUGAAAUUCGUUCUUCACUUCCAGUAAUAAAAUAUCGCGAAGAGAUUUUGUCAUCUUUAGAAAAAUAUCCAAUAUUAAUUGUUGUAGGUGAAACAGGUUCAGGGAAAACUACUCAAAUUCCUCAAUAUCUUUAUGAAGCUGGCUAUGCUGAAAAAGGAACUAUUGCCUGUACUCAACCAAGGAGGGUAGCAGCAAUGAGUGUAGCAAAUAGAGUAUCUAAAGAGAUGAAUUGCCGACUGGGCAGUAAAGUUGGAUAUACAAUUCGUUUUGAGGAUUGUACAAAUGAGGAUACGAAAAUUAAAUAUAUGACAGAUGGCAUACUAUUAAGAGAAUUUUUAUCAAAUCCAGAUUUGAGUGGUUACUCAUGCCUUUUAAUAGAUGAAGCUCAUGAAAGAAGUUUGCAUACAGAUGUCUUGUUUGGGUUAGUAAAGGAUGUAUCAAAGUUUAGGAAUUUCAAAGAUGAUAACUUAAGUACCAAAUCUGAUUGUGAGGACUCUACAGAGCCAUUUAAACUUAUUAUAUCUUCUGCAACGCUGGAAGCAGAAAAAUUUGGCAAAUAUUUUGAUAAUUCACCUAUAAUUUAUAUACCAGGCCGCAGAUAUCCUGUAGAUAUAUAUUAUACAAAGGCCCCAGAAGCAAAUUUUAUUGACGCAACGGUUGUUACAGUACUUCAAAUUCAUUUAUCUCAGUUAAAGAAAUCUAACAAAACUGAGGGGAUUAUAGAUAAUAAUAGCACUAUUAAGUCGUUGGACAAUAUUGGUAUGAAUUUCUCUAGAACACGAAUAAUUCCAACUGGAGGCGACAUUUUGUGUUUUUUACCAGGUCAACAAGAGAUAGAAGAAUGUAUGGAAAUGCUGAACAAGAAGAUGCUUGGGAAAGGCAAAGAAGUUCCUGAAUUAAUAGUAUUACCCAUUUAUGCAUCUCUUCCUAGUGAACAACAAGCUCAAAUCUUCAUAUCAACUCCUCAAGGAGCACGAAAAGUUGUACUUGCUACUAAUAUUGCCGAAACAGCCUUAACUAUUGAUAACAUUGGCUUUGUUAUAGACUGUGGUUUUUGUAAACAAAAUUCUUAUAAUCCAAAGACAGGUCUUGAUAGUUUAGUUACAAUCCCCUGCAGCAGAGCUGCUGCCAAUCAAAGGGCAGGAAGAGCAGGGCGUGUACGACCAGGUAAAUGUUUCCGUUUAUAUACAAAGACAAGCUUUUAUAUGGAGAUGGAACCUUCUAAUACUCCAGAAAUUCAAAGAUGUAACCUAGGAAAUGUUGUUUUAAUGCUUAAAUCACUCGGUAUAGAUGAUCUACUCCAUUUUGAUUUUAUGGACCCCCCUCCUCCAGAAACACUUGUAAAGGCUUUGGAGCUCCUGUAUGGGUUAAAUGCAUUAGAUGAUAAAGGUGAUCUGACAAAUAUAGGUAGAAAAAUGGCUGAAUUACCAUUGGAUCCCAUGUAUAGUAAAGUAGUUCUGGCAUCUCAGAGAUACAAAGUUGUUGACGAGAGUAUAAUUAUUGUUUCCAUGUUAUCUCUAGGAAAUACCGUAUUUAUUCGACCAAGAGACAAAUCUACACAAGCUGAUAAUAUCAGGAAAUCUUUCUUUAGAUCUGGAGGAGACCAUUUAACACUAUUAAAUGUUUACAAGCAAUGGGAAAAUAGUGGAGAAUCAAAUUUAUGGUGUUUUGAAAAUUUCAUACAUGGAAAGAGUAUGAAGAGGGCUAGAGAUAUUAGAAUACAACUGAGUGAAUUAAUGGAGACACUGGAUAUUGAAAUUACAAGUAAUCCCAACGAAGUUGAUGGAAUACGAAAAUCUAUUGCUGCGGGUUUCUUCUUUCAAACCGCUAGAAUUAAUAAGGGUGGCAACUAUUCAACACUAAGAAACUGCCAUAUCGUCGAUAUUCACCCUUCUUCUAGCUUAUUUGAAUCUAGACCUCAAACUGUAGUCUAUACAGAAUUAGUUCAUACUACAAAAGAAUAUAUGCGAAAUAUUACUGAAAUUAAGGCAGAGUGGCUAUUUGAGGUUGCUCCACACUACUAUACUCCAGGUGAGAUACUAGCAAGUAAAAGUAAAUAA